AUGAGUGAAGAAGAACAGGUUCUGGCGAUGCAACGGACUGAUGCUGCCCUGAAACACAUCGUGGAGAUCUUAAGUCGAGAGGAUUUAAGUCGUACACAAUCGGAAGCUGAAUUAGUCAAGGACUAUUGUCUAGAGAAAGGAUUGCUGUAUAGAAGGGUCACUGUUGAUGGGAACAUCAGAAAGUUAUGGGCAGUACCAAACUCCAUGCGAAAGAGUAUCGUGGUGCCACGGGAAAGACAACCGGGAGAACUGAAUCCGAUCGAGCCUGGAAAGCGCCCCUUUGAAACGGUUAAUUUGGACCAUGUAGGCCCUUUUGUCAAGUCAACGAAAGGAAACAGGUAUAUCCUAGUGUUAAUUGAUAAUCUUACUAAAUUUGUGAAAUUGUACCCAGUUAGAAGUUGCGGCACCGAAGGAAUGACUAACAGUUUGCGGCAGUUCAUUCUGACAUAUGGUUCGCCUAAACGGGUUAUCAGCGACCGAGGGACGGCGUUCACAUCCAGGGCGUUUGGGAACUUCUGCUCUCAACAUGGGAUCAAACCCAUCCUAAACUCAGUGCGACACCCGCAAUCUAACGGACAGGUGGAGAGGGUCAAUAGUACCCUGAUACCAGUCUUGCAGGCUAACAUGGAAUGUGACAAUAAAUGGGAUAAACUUUUAUUGGAGGCUGAAUAGGAUACAUGGGAUGACACUGAAGGACCCCAAAACAACAUUCGUGAGAAGAUUACUGUAGAACAACAGCGAUGGAAGGAGAGA